AUAUACAUUUACGCAUUUUGUAAAAUCAUAUCAGAAUAGAAGCGUUUCUUCAAUUUGUUUUUUUUUUUCAUGGAAAGAUCGGCUAAAGUAGUUUUCGUGUAACUGUAAGAAGGAAUUCUAGAAAUUCGCUAAUAUAUUUGCUUUACAAAGCUGGACAAGACUGGGACACAUCCAUUUAAUGCGUUGUAUAUAGAUACAUUAUUAUGGUUGGAGUUAAAGCAGUCUUAUGGUUUGCUGGAAUUGUGAUGUUUUCCAAAGAUUUUAUACACUGCGAAGAUAUAUUGCCUGAUCUCGGACCGGAAGGUCCAACAUUUGACACAUGCGAAACUUUCGAAUGUCCUGUGAAUUCUACAUGUAAAGAUGACGAUGAUUAUGUGUACUGUAUGUGCAGCUUUGGGAAAGUAGGAGCUAACUGUGAUAUAGACGAUCCAUGUUUAGAAAGGAAGACCAACUGCACAGUUGGAAGUAUUUGUUACGGAGACUGUGAACCGAACGUUAUUUGUGAAGCGGCCACAGGAACUGCUCAUUGCAGAGGGUGCGUAGACGGGUGGACAGGCUUAUUUUGCGAAAUAAAACUCAAUAGAUGUCAAGAAACCGGUAAUCCUUGCUCAAACAAUGGUGUUUGUAAAGAUAUACAAGGAGACGUUAAAUGCAUCUGCAAAACAGGAUGGAUAGGAGAACAAUGUGAUUGCCAAAAGGGUUCUGAAUGUGACGCUGGUGAGAUUAUUGAUGAGAAAGAAGACGAUGAGAAAGAUAAUGAUAAAGAUGAACCAGUGACAGAAGCUUCCAAAUCCGGGACAGAAUCAGAUCUAGUCUGCAGUAUCGCUGUUCAUGCUAUUUCAAUUAUUAUCUGUCUUACUUUGUAACUGUAUUCUGUAUAUGUGACGAUAUCAAUAGAUUUUAUGACAUUAUAUCAUUGCCAAUUUAUUUUCUGUGAAUGACAAUGACAAUAGUUUUUAUGGCAUCAUGUCAUUGAUUUUUUUUCGUAUAUUACAUUGACAAUAGUUUUGAUGACAUUAUAUCGUUGUCAAUGUAUUCUCCCUUACAUGACAAUGACGCUAGAUUUUAUGACAUUAAGUCAUUGUUUUCUCGUAUAUGACAUUGACAAUAGGUUUUAUGAUAUUAUGUCAUUGUCUUUUCCGUAUAUUAUAUCCUUGUGAUUUAUACUGUCGGUAUAUAAUAACGAUAAUAAACAAGAUGUGAUGAAUAAAGCAGGCAUAAUUAUGUA